ACCUUGUGAAAGAAUAGAUUUUUAAGAUAAAAAUGUAUUUAAAAGUCUCUGAUACAUUAUUUUUGUAUGUAUUCUUACUGUGUGUUUUAUAUCAAGAUGUCUAGAAUCUAUUUUGUCACUUUUAUUGCUUGUAUUGUUCAGGGUGCGUUCAGUCAAGCAAUUCUUCCCAAUAACGUGUUCAACAAUGGCUUCAACGGCUUAGCAGCAAACGCCAUGGCAGCCAAUAACCUAGCCAAUGGCUUCGCCAACAACCUUGCGACAAAUGCCAUCGCCAACAAUUUGGCAAAUGUCGCAUACCCUGGCAACACAAUUGGCGGAUACCCUCUUAAUGGCAAUGUUAUAGCUGGCAAUGCAAUAGCUGCAACUACUAAUGCAGCAAUUGCUAAUGCAGCUGUGGGUAAUAUUGCAGCUCAGAACGCUAACCUUGCUUUUGAAAGUGGUCCAAUAUCCACUGCUCUACCAUUGUCGGGGGUGUCACCAAUAGGCUUUGGCGACGUCGCAGUGGCAGGGGAGAUGCCUGUGGGAGGAUCCACCGCUGUGUCUGGCAACGUGCCGGUUAUAGGCUUCGUCACAUUCGAAGGGUAUCUGCCAGCAGGUGGCAUGGUGUCCGUGGCCAGCAACUGCGCGUGCAAUGGCGAAACGCCGAUACCGAAUGUGUGAUUCGUUAAACUAAUGUAUCUAAUUAUUUAUUUUGUAUGAUUUUUUUAAUAAUAAAUAUUGUUUUGUGUUA